CCAACUUAAGGCAACAGCAUGGUUUUUUUCAGGAAGAUCUUCAUCUUGCAGCUGGUAGGGCUGGUGCUGACCUACGAUUUCACUGACUGUAACUUUGCGAAGAUUGAAGAGGAAUAUCAGAAUGUCAUUUUUCUAGCCCUGAAGGAAUAUAUGAAUGGAAUCAAAAGUACCCAGUUCAACCACACUGUCUACUGUGGAGACCGGCCGAGUUGUCUCACCGAAAUCGAGCGCCUUACCUUCAAGUCCAGCCAAUGCCUGUCACUCGCCAAGAAAAUUGUAACAGCAACUAACGCUACGCUCAACAGCCAUUGCCCAGGCCACUCCGGAAUUCAGAUAAAUAAUACCCAGGCAAUGAAGAAAAGAAAGAAAAGAGAAGUCACGACAAAUAAAUGCCUUAAACAAGUCUCAAACUUAAUAGAAUUGUGGCGUUAUUUCAGUCGCUCCCAGUGAAACAAAAUAAAUCUCCACUGAAGUCCUAUUUCACAGUAACAAAUUAUCUUUACUAGGUAGAUAGAACAUUAACUCUGGGAUGUUUAAAAGACUACCAAUGGUUAUUUUUUAAUUACAGAAGGGUUUCUUAACUUAUUUUUGUAAGCUUUCCUCAUUUAAUGUAGGUCUGUAAUGCAGGGAAAGUACUAAUCCUCA